AUGGGUAACAAUAUCUCCCAGCCGUCCCGCUCCCGCACCGAGCUACUGGAGGAGAGACUACGGAAAGCGUGCGCGGAACACCAGAGAAUACAAGCGAUCCGCGGCAGGAGCAGUAAGCUUAUAGAUGAGAAUAAGAAGAUUAUUAGGGCCUACAUCGCGGCAUACGAAUCUGGGAAGCCAUUCUUCGCGCGAGAGACGAUUGCCAGUCUGGACCAACAGCUUGACGCGGCCCGGGAGGCAGGCAUUCCGGAGGGGAAGGACGGCAUCAUCACCCUCAAGGAUGUUGUGGAUCGUGAAGUGAGUUGGCCAUAUAUAACGCACCCCUCUGUUACCAACCCCAACCCUCAUAUGAACGUUCCCUACCCCAUCACCGUCUAUUGGGAAAAGUCCGAGAAGCCUUCCGGCUGGCGGCUGUCCGACCUCGAGGAGGCGUUCCGCGAGCACCAGGAAUCGUGGAACAAGAGUGCUACGUGUCGGUCCCUCAUAAAAAUUCUCCAAGAAUCGGCAGCCAAGCUACAAAUGCCUAUCAAAAAGGUCGUCUGCUUUGACCUUGGCGGCCUCGACCCCAGGACGCUUCAUGGAGAGUUCUUUGACUGGAUGCGGCGCUCCGCCACGCAGCACGCCGCCGCGCUCACUAUGGCUAAGACGCUGUCCGAGGCACAGGGAGGCGUCGAGGCCAAAUGCUACACGCAAGAUCCUGCGUACACAUCCGUCGACGAGCAGCUACUGGCCGGGCUGGGCUUUGAGGUCCUUGGGGACCCAAAGGGCUUCCUUGAGGUCGACGAAAGCACCCUCGUCUUCGCCGUCCAGCCCAAGAUGCCCGUUCGGCAGAUUGUUGCCGACUUGGCGAAGCCGGCGGCUAUGGUCUGGGGAAAGAUCGAGGCGAAUCGUGACGGGGAGAUUUCCAGGGAUAAAAUAGAUGAGGCCGUGGGCAGAGGAUGA